UGUUUUUAAACCAGUUUUAAAGCACCAAAAUUCAAUAUUUUUGUGUCGUCUGCUCUAUUUUUGGGAGAUGGGAGUCCCCGCAUUUUUUCGUUGGUUGAGUCGGAAAUAUCCGUCAAUAAUCGUAAACUGUAUCGAGGAGAAGGCCAAGGAAUGCAAUGGAGUUCGAAUACCAGUUGAUACCAGCAGACCAAACCCUAAUGAGGUGGAGUUUGACAACCUGUAUUUGGACAUGAAUGGAAUCAUUCAUCCUUGUACACAUCCCGAGGAUAAACCUGCGCCCAAAAACGAAGAUGAAAUGAUGGUUGCCAUCUUUGAGUACAUUGACCGUCUCUUCAAUAUCGUGAGACCAAGAAGAGUUCUGUACAUGGCCAUAGAUGGUGUGGCUCCUCGUGCGAAAAUGAACCAGCAGCGAUCCAGGCGGUUCAGAGCUUCAAAAGAGGGAGUGGAGCUCGCUGAGGAAAAACAGAGAAUGAGGGAGGAGGUCUUUCAGAGGGGAGGAUACCUGCCACCAGAGGAAAUUAAAGAGAGAUUUGACAGCAACUGCAUCACUCCAGGCACAGAAUUUAUGGACAAUUUGGCGAAAUGCUUAAGAUUCUACGUAGCUGACAGAUUGAGUAAUGAUCCUGGAUGGAGUAACAUUACAGUCUUUCUGUCUGAUGCCAGCGUUCCUGGAGAGGGAGAACAUAAGAUAAUGGACUUUAUCCGGAGACAGAGAGCUCAGCCAAACCAUGAUCCCAACACACAUCACUGUCUUUGUGGAGCUGACGCUGAUCUGAUUAUGCUUGGACUGGCCACACAUGAGCCCAACUUCACCAUCAUCAGGGAGGAGUUCAAACCCAAUAAACCCAGACCAUGUGCUCUGUGUGGCCAAAUGGGCCACGAAAUUAAAGACUGUCAGGGAUUGGCCAGAGAGAAGCAGGGCGAGCACGACGAGUUUGCCGACACCGUCCCCAUGUCUGAACAGGAGUUCAUUUUUAUUCGACUCUGUGUCUUGCGUGAGUACCUGGAGAGAGAGCUGACGAUGGCCAGUCUUCCGUUUCCGUUCGACUUCGAGCGGAGCGUGGACGACUGGGUCUUCAUGUGCUUUUUCGUGGGAAACGACUUCUUGCCCCACUUGCCCUCCUUAGAAAUCAGGGAGGGAGCAAUUGAUCGACUCGUGGGAAUCUAUAAAGAUGUCGUGCAUAAGACUGGGGGUUACCUGACUGAGAGUGGCUUUGUGAAUCUGGAGCGCGUGGAGCUCAUCAUGCAGGCCGUCGGCGUGGCUGAAGACAACAUAUUUAAGAAGCGCAAGGAGGAUGAGGAGAAUUUCAAAAGACGCAUGAAGGAGAAGAAGAAGCGAUUGAAAGCAGAACAGAGACCAGCAUUUCUUCCCACCGGUCAGUUUGCCCCCCAGGCGCUGGGCGGGUACGGCAGACCUCAGUCCAUUCAGAACGCACGGCACACGGCCUACGAGAUGAGAAUGCACGGCCGAGACCAGCAAAACAAGGAUGCUGCUCAGUCUUUGAAAGCCACGCUGAGAAACGGCAGCAAGGCAUCGAGCGACAGCCUCGACGGCCGCGGGGUAAAGAGGAAGGCGGAGGACAGCGACAGCGAGCCGGAACCCGAAGACAACGUCAGGUUAUGGGAAGAGGGAUGGAAACAGCGCUACUACAAAAACAAAUUUGAUGUGGACCUGACUGAUGACUCCUUCCGGAAGAAAGUAGUGAAGUCGUAUGUGGAGGGCCUGUGCUGGGUGCUGAGAUACUACUAUCAGGGCUGCGCGUCUUGGAAGUGGUACUUCCCGUUCCACUACGCCCCUUUUGCAUCUGACUUCAAAGACAUCAAGGGGAUGUUCACAGAUUUUGAGACCGGGACCAAACCGUUCAAACCUCUGGAGCAGCUGAUGGCUGUAUUUCCCGCCGCCAGCGGAAACUUCCUACCCCCGACAUGGAGGGCGUUAAUGAGCGAUCCGGACUCCCCCAUCAUUGACUUUUACCCUGAGGACUUUGCCAUCGAUCUGAACGGGAAGAAGUACGCUUGGCAGGGUGUCGCUCUGUUGCCGUUCGUGGACGAGCGCAGGCUCCGGGCGACUCUAAACGAGGUCUACCCUGACCUUACACCAGAGGAGGUGAGGAGGAACAGCCUGGGCAGUGAUGUGGUGUUCGUUGGAAAGGCCCACCCUCUGUGUGACUUCAUCCACGAGCUCUACCGUGCAGAAUCUCACCAGCCUGUUGAGAUACCUGCUGAACUGUGCCAUGGAAUCCAAGGUACAUUAAAUCUUGAUGAAGAGCCUAUUCUACCAGAUAAGCCCGUGGAGUCUCCCAUUCCAACACUGAGAGACAUUGCAAACAACUGUGCCGUCGGAAUCAAAUUUAAGGAUCCGCAGUACGAAGAUGGUCACGUGUUCAAGGCUGUCAUCCUUCAAGGAGCAAAGAUCCCCAACAAAGUACUGAAACCGGGAGACUGGGAGAGGUCAAACAAGCCAUGGAGACCACAGCUAGGGUUCAACCCUAACCGACAGCAGGUCCACCUGGAUCAGUCUGCCCUCAGAACGCUAGGCCACCACGUGAAGCCACAGCAUGGGGGCGGUCAGUACUCCAAUGUCCCGCCUCCCAGGGGCCCACACAUGAGUGGUCAAUACAGCAAUGCUCCGCCCUCCAGUAGCUAUCACCAAGGGAACUACCGUCCUCCUCACAGAGAUCACCAGCCUCCCUACCACCGUGAACCAGCUAUUGAUUCUGGCUCCAGACCUCUUCAGCAGUAUGGAGCCCAUGGUUGGGAGAGGUCCAUGCAGUCCCAAGGCGCUGCCUACCAGCAGAACAUGCAGAGGGCCCCGGGGGGCCCGAGGGGCUACCACCAGCAACAGGACAACCGCAGACAGCCACAGGGGUAUAACGCAGGGAGGAAUUUUCCUAUGCCUCCCCCAAUGAAACGUUACAACUGGAGCUGAAUUUUCAGUACCGUUUUCAGAAGGCUGGAGGACCUUCCUUUUUU